AAUUUCUCAGAAAGCGUUUCGUAGCCAGGUAGCACAACAACACGGCAGCUGACGACAGAUUUUUGGUAGAUAAUAGGGUAAAAGGAUGGACCAGGAGUGGCCAACAUGAGCAGACGAGCUAAUGCAGCGUCGACGGCAAGGAAUGCUCCGUUUGGGACGGACAUUCAACCAUCGGUCAAGACCAAAAUCAUCGGCGGGAAAACGGUUGAAGUAGCUGUAAGGACCCCACCUGCAAGUCGGACAUCUUCAGACUCUCUUCAGUCCGGUCCUCAUGGCACCCCUCCCAUGCAGUAUCAACCUCCUGUCAAUGAGAGCAACCACAGUAGCUUCAACAACAGCCCAGAUGCUUUGCCUGGUAGCUACCGUAAGAUCUACUCCCAGACAGCGCCAAGAGACUCUAGCAACUCACACAUACAUGGCAAAAGCAAUCACUAUGACGGAAGGCCGGGUGCUAUAAGAGCCCUUCCUCCAAUCCACGCCUCUGACCACAGCCACGAUCACGGUGACGAUGAUGAUGUCUUGUCGGACGACACACCCCAGGAAGACCCUCCUAACAUCAAGGACAUCCUUCACAAGCCAUUCCCGGUUCACAUGGGUUCCUCGGCUGUCCUCUCCCCAAUCAGCAACAAACGCUCUCUGACGGACCAGGUCGCGGAGCACCUGGUGGGCUACGACCCUCUGCACUUUAAGGAGAUGUACACGGAUCUCGCGGAGUUCGAUCACGGACUGCACGGCUACGUCAACCAACCCCAGAUGAACAUGAUCGCCCACAAACACAAGUUGCCCAUUCCGAUUGAAACCUUGAGGUUGCUCUUCUCAAACUUUGCCAAGGGGUCCAACCCUGAUCACGUGAACUAUGAGAAGCUGAUUCAGUUUCUAGCGAGGGCACAGCUAGGAUUGGCCAAGGCAGAGACAUUACUGGAAGAUGAUGUGAAUAAGUUUGUGCAUGAAACAAAUGGAGAUGAUAAAACAGAUCUUGAGUUAGGAAGACUCAAUGCUCAUAUCAAGAGAUACGAAGACCAGGAAGAGAAGGAGAGGAAAGAAGAAGAAAGGAAACUUAAUGAGAUGAGGGAGAAGAAAAAACGAAAAGAACAAGAAAAAUGGAAACCUUCAUUCGCUACAAGAAAACCUUUGAAAACAUUCACCGAGUUGGAAGAUGCAAUGUUGAUCCGAAUGCUGGAAGAACAGUUCACAGACGGCAAGAAGAAACAAACAAUUGAUACAGAAGGCAUGAGAGAGAUGUGUCUUAAGAAAGACCGACAUAAACAAGGGACUUUCUCCAGAAGAGAUCUGGAUGAUCUGUUUCUCUUCUAUCGGAUACCAGUCCAAGGUUCUCUCCUGAACAAAAUGAUACAGAGAAUAGAUACAGGAGAUGGCCAACUGAGUUGGGUGGCUUUCUUAGAGAUUUUAGACAGAGUGGAUUCUGGAGAAGCAAUGACACCCCGUGGAGAGAAGGGCCAGAGUCAGAGCAAGAGUCAAAGAAGGGCUUCCGAAGACCCUGAUAACUUGGGCUCCGUUGGGAACAGGAACUCUUUCAGAAGCAGUCCCAUCAACAGUGGGUCCCAAAGGGAGAGAAGCGGGAAUAGGUCUAGGGAUGGGCCUAGACCACAUGCGGGAGGAUUAGCCCCUGUCAUAGAGCCAAGAAGACCAAGUACUUGGCCGAAGAGACCAAUCAAGGAGGUCCUACCCACACCAGAGGAGCCAAAGAAAGUAUCCUCGCCUCCUUGGCUUAGGAAACCCCUUGCAAGAAUAGAUACAUCAAGACAUGCCCAAGAACAGAACAACGUGACCGAUGUUGAGAUGGAGAUCACUCGCAACGACACCCCCACGGAGGACCACGCCUCUAUCAACUCAUCCCCUACCCCCCAACAGGAGGACUACGAGAUAGAACAACUCAGACGGAUGGCCGAGGAGCAUCAGCGACGUCAUCGCCACAGGCACGCGGAGGAGGAGGUGAUGAAGUUGUCGCGACAGAAGAACGAGAAGCGGGAGAGGGAGGAAUGGUUUAAAGGUUUCGUCCAUCUCGCGAAAGGGCUUUACAGCCAAGAUGCAUCAAAGAGUGGUUGCCUGGAAAGAGAAGAGAUGAUUCGGCUCGUGAACAAUUACAAUCUCAUUUACCAGCUUGGGAUUUCAUCUUCUCACAUCAAGAGAGUCAUUGAGACGUGUUGCCAUGAAGGAGACCAAGUUCCAAUACAACCAGUCAUUGAAAUCCUCCGGCAAAAAAAGAAGUGAUUCUGUGGAAACUCUGUUGUCAGGAUUAUUAACAUUAAAUCUCACUUACUGCAUUAUGGGGUGAUAAACUUAUAUCUAAAAUCGAUUGUAAGAGGCUGUAAACCAAUCAGGGCCCCAUCUUACACAGAGUUACAAUUGAUCAGGGGCCCGUCUAACAAAGAGUUGCGAUUGAUCCGAUCAAUCACAACUAUGGACAACGUCAACAACCAAAAUGCAUGAAUGUUCAAAAUGUUUUUUAGAUAUGAUGUAAAUUACAUAAAUUUAUUGUUUUCUUGAUAAUAUGGUGUGUUCGCCUUUGUUUACAAAGGACAUUUUGAAAAUUUUAUGCAGAAAAAUUAUGUCACUGAUGGAUUUCUUUGUAAGAAAUUUGCAAGAUGUCCUUUGUAAACAAAGAGAAGCACACUGAAUUUUCAAGAAAACAAUGAAAACAUGAUUAUACAUCACAGCUAGAAAAUAUUUUUUAACGAACAUGCAUUUUAGAUGUUAACGUUGCUGGCUUUCCAUAGUUGUGGUUGAACGGAUCAAUCGCAACUGUUUGUAAGAUCUCUUGUAUAAAUUGAUUUUAGCUGUUUGUGAAUCCAUCCCAGGUGCGAAGUUUAUCCAAAUGUAAUGUAUUACCCUGUCAAACUUGAUAAUGGUAUAUAUCAGGACAUCUGGAACUAUUGCACAAAAGUUACAUUCAAAUGCAACUAAAAAUAAAUCAAUGAUAAAAGCCUACUUGUGGUUGAAAAAUUUUAAGGUGCAUUUGUUUUUUGAAGUUUUAACUGUUUGUGCAAGAGGCCCUUGAUCUCUUCAUACACAAUUUCCUCUGGGUUAUCAUAGUAUAGUUUUGGUUAUAGUUACCAAAUAUUUUGUCAAGAAUAUUUCAUGUUAUUUGAGCCUGGCAACAAAAUCUUUGGUGAUUUUACAUUUUGAACUUUUUAGAAAUGGUUUAGUUAUCAUGGUAAUGAUAAUUAUUAUUGCUUAUGUAUCGCUUAAUGCUUACUUUAUCAGAAGCUUUUAAGCACUCUACAGUAAUGCAGCUAUUAUGUGCUCUGCGUUUCAAGGAAGAAAUUCAUGCUUGGUCUCCAUUUACAUCAUCUGAGUUGAGUGCGGCACACUGUGGAUACAUUUCUUGCUGAAGGAAAUUGAUGCCCAGAGUAGGAUUUGAAGCUGUGACCUUCUGAUAAAGAGCUGGGAGUCCGAACUACUUCAACGUGAUACCUCCAUGGAGUUUGUUGAAAUAAAGCACAGAGCUUGCUUAAUGUCACUGGAGUAGAAUCAAGCAGCAAACCUCUUGUUUGGGGAUGGUCUAUUCUGUGGAAGAGCCAUGGUUUAGUGGUUCUGACUCUCACCUUGUAAACAGGGGAUUGUGUGUUUGAAUCCCACAGCGGUCUAGCGUCCUUUGUCAAGGCGUUAAUCCACACUUUGCCAUUCUCAACCCAGGUGCUAAAUGGGUACCCGAUAGGAUGUGAAAGUCAUUGUAGCUUUCCAAUACUCCAUGCGCCCCAACAGCGACUGACUGGAAUACUCCCCAGGGAGUUGUGGAUGUGCGUUCAUUGUGUGCUAGAAUAAAUGAUUGAAUCCGAUGACCGGGGUAAUAAUAUAUCUGUAAAGUGCUUAGACACGUCAUUCUGAUGUAUCAAUUAAGGCUGAUAUUGCUAGGGGAAUAGCUCAAAAUACUAUGCAUUUGUACUCACCUUGAUGGGUUUUUUUUUUUAAGGGAAAUAUGGGGGUUUGUGGUUAAUUAAAAAUUUCUGAUCAUCUUAUCAGUAUUGAAUCUUUAUGAACAUUGAAAAAAAAAAUAGGAGUUUGCUUUUAUGUUUUGUAUAUACGGUACAAAACAAAAUUGUCUUUGAUCGUCAAACAUGAAUAUAUAACUACAGUUGAUUUGAAGCAAUACUUUUCAUAUCUUGGGUGCUGACAACUUUCAUGAAACACCCACCCGAUAUUUUUAAGGAACC